AACCUAAAAGUGAAUCUUGAAAAAUAAUUAUUACUUACAUACUAAUGGAUAGUAUGUUUAUUAUAUACUAAUAUUUUUAUUAUUAUUUAUUGUUUAUCCUUAUAUACUAAUGGAUAAUAAGAUCAACAGAGAGAGAGAGAAAUAUACCUUUCUGUCUUUCUCUAUAGUGGUCGUUAGCCAUGUGACCAUAUAUCCGUAAUUAUGUAUGAAAAUUCAAAGAAUUGAGGUUAAAAAAUCGAUUUAUAAGCAUAAUGUCGCAAAGUACAAUUUGCUUCGACACAGAGAUACGAAAAUUAAGGCCUGCGGAAUUAUAUAAACUGGGACAAAUAUUAAGUAUACAGGAUUCAUGGAAAAAGUUAAUGGCAAUUAUACCAAAGGAUAAUGGUUCUAAUCUGCCAAAAUUUAAUGUUGAACAUUUUAGUAUGAUUGAGCAAGCUGCACAGCAAGGAAAUGCAGCAGAAUUAUUUUUAUCAGAGUGGGGGACAAUUGGUAAAAGGAGACCAACAUUGGGUUAUUUAUUAAGCCUUUUAACAAAAGCUCAGUUAUUUAGAGCUGCAGAUUAUGUUGCUGGAGAACUACUAAAUGAGGAACUUCCAAAACGGCCACAAUACGGACCUGCAGCACCUGUAGAUAUCUCUAACGAAAUAAAGAAAUUAUUGGAAGAUAAGGAGGAACUUGAAAAUUUUAAUUUUAAUGAAUCUUUGAUAUUUGAAUUACCUACACAAGUUGAUGACAAUGAAACAGUUAAUCCUAAUGUAAUGAAUGAUGGUUCUUUGGAAAGAAAUAUGCAGUCAACACAAUUGAUUUCUUCAAAAGGGAAACACAACAAAAAGCAAUUAGAAAAUGAUGAAGGAACAUUAAAUGCACAAAUGUCAGAUUUGAUGAAAUUUAGUAGUGAAGAAAACGUACAAGAAUGUAGAAAACAAGAACAAGUACUCAAGCAACAAGAAAUAUCAUCUGGUGAAUUGCCAGUUCUUUUAAAUCAGUUUGGACAAUCUGCAGAACAAAUGAAAUUAUAUCAAGAAGUAUUAUCAAAAGAACUUCCUGUAUUUUUGAAUAAUACAAUUUCGUCAAAUGAAAUUUUAACCAAUUACGAAACAAAGGAUUCAUUACAUUUAUCCAGUAGAAAUAUUGAUGAAAACGAAAUAUCUUCUACCGAAUUACCGCAAUGUAUUGUUGAUCUUCGUUACUCUGAUAGUACAUGCAGUCUCGAAAAUAACACGAAUGUAGUGCAAAAUGCAUUGAGCUCGAAAGAAUUACCAGUUACAGUACUAGAAUAUAAUGAAUAACGCAGGAUUUAAUUGUUUUAGUAACUAUAUACAUAUUUUAUACUUUUUUCAUUUAUGAAACAUCUAACAUUCCAAAAUGAUGAGAAUUAUUUAUAAAUACAUAUUUUUAUAAAAUAUUUGUAAAGAGAAAAUUAAACUGUGAUUUAGGUAAA